AUGGACGACGAAGGAUCCGAAGGCCCUGCGUUCACACUGCUGCGUGCCACACUGAAGCUCGUGAUUUUCCACUUGGCAAAUUCGAUGCUUGGCAUGGCAGCCUUUACUAUCGUUGUCUGUGGUGUGCUGCUCUCCAUCCUAUUGGCGCCACUGUGCUGUCUCGGGCUCGUCUUCUUCCGCCUCGUGCUUUGUCUAGUGGCCGUGCUAGCUGAAGUGGACGUGAGGCUUGUCAACUUCAUCUCGUUGCCGGAAGAACACAUCUCAACGAGGAAAUUGCAACGGGGCUCACAUGCUAGUGCCCGAGCGUGCGGCGAGACGAGCGUCGAGCGGUUGGUGCCUGAUCUGAACAAGUUUUCGCAGCCAGCCAUGCGUGCGACGCUGUACUUCAUGUCGGUAAAGACAUUUAUCGGGCUAUUGAGUAGCCUCGUGCUGUCGAUCUCCUUCUCGCUGCCGGUAUGUGCGAUCUCGCGUGGGGAUAUGGGAGACAAUUUUGACGGAGCUGUAGGACUGCUGGUAUUCUUGCUCGCGACUGUCUUGCUGUUGGGAAUUGGCAUCCCGCUUAUGCAGUACAGCGCACGACUGUCUCGAGCAGCGACGGUGUACUUCUGCUGCGAGAAAUGUGCACCCGUGCAGCACACGGAGAAGGACCACGCGACUGCUUAUGGCGCUACCGAGGUUUGCUGCGCGGCAUAG